CUCACGGGAAUAUAAACCCCGAACACAUCAUGUGUACUGAUCAAGUAUAUAAAGUGAAGUUGAUUGGCUUUUCAAGAGCGUCCAAAACAGCUGAAUUGUCCGAUUUUAAAAUUCCCUUGAGUUGUGGCUAUACAGCACCAGAAAUUUUCCUGGACUGUCCGCUGGAUCAGAGCGUGGACAUAUGGAGCCUUGGGCUGUCACUUGCAUUUCUCUUUCUGGGCAAACACACGGGCCCGGUCGAAUGUGACUAUCAUUAUAUGAGGUUCAUUGUAAAUAUGUUUGGUCAACCUGAAAAAAAGUUACUGGAUGUAGGCAGUCAAGUCAGACGAUAUUUUAAACUAACAAAGAAAAAUAUUUGGAAACUCAGAACACCAACUGAUUUUGAAGUAAGGGGAAGCAAAAUUAUGAGGACAGACAGCAAUUAUUUCAAAUCUCUAAAUGAUCCUUCCUUCAUAAGCCAGUCACCAUGUCCCACAAACCACGAUGACAUCAAAACUUUUCUCGACUUUCUUUCGAAGAUGUUGAAGGAGAAUCCUGUAGAUCGAAUCUCACCCGCUGAGGCGCUCAAGCAUACAUUUAUCACAAUGGAGCAUUUGGAUCCUUUCUCAGACAGAUUGUACGUGGCAGAAUCACAUCGCAUCAUGAAAGAAUGUCAAUACGAAGAACCAAGAAGUGAUGACAGUUCUCUUUCACCUCCAGCAAAGGAGAUCGGUGAUUCAGACAAAGAAUCGAUACACUCGACUCACACAGACUCACGCAUAUCUUUGGAAAUAAGGCCAGGUAUGACAAUCAAAGGAAAUUCAAAGGAUUAUCUAGUCGAAGACAUAAUUGAUGCUGGAUCAUAUGGUGAGGUUUACAAAUGCCACAUAGAGGAUACAAAUCAGUUCGUAGCCUUGAAGUUUGUAAGGAAAUCAGACGCCACAGAUUUUUUAAACGAAGUGAAAGCUUUGCAACGUUUGAAUAAUCUGAAACAUUUCAAACGCUACUUCAUCAAGCUGAAUGACCACUUUGAUUUCAAAGACUGGUUUUGCAUGGAAUUUGAGCUUUUGAAAGAAAAUUUGUUGGACUUCAGUAGAAGACAAAAUCGUUCUUUAAAGGUGUAUGAAAUCCGAGCAAUUGCCAAGCAAAUGUUGACAGCGCUACGUGUUUUCAAACAGCUUGGAAUUUCUCACGCUGACUUAAAACCUGAAAAUAUCAUGCUAGUUAAUCAUGAAAAACAGCCAUUCGGGUUGAAGCUGAUUGAUUUUGGCGCUGCCUGUGAGACUGAGCAGUUACCAGACGAGUAUAUUAUUCAGACUUUAGGAUACCGAGCGCCAGAGGUUAUUCUUGGUCUUCAACCAGAUGAAUCUAUAGAUAUGUGGAGUCUUGGCUGUAUCUUGGCAGAGCUUUUUCUAAAUUACCCCUUGUUUCCAACGCAGAAUGAAUAUGAUAAUCUGAGAGUGAUCAUGAAGCUCUUUGGAGAGCCUAAUAAAAAACAACUAGAAGACGGGUCUCUGGUCUCAGAUUAUUUCAUAAAACAGCAGAUUGGGUCUGAAACCUGUUGGAGAUUCAAAACGCCGGACGAAUAUCAAAAAGAUGGCGACCUGUCACAGAGGGCACACCCUGCCUAUGAUGAUAUUACAUGCCUGGAUGAUUUGUUUUUCUCACACAAGACAAGGAACUCAGCAGAAAAUACGGACUUAAAGGCUUUUCUUGAUCUUGUGAAAAAGAUGCUAACAGUGGAUCCCAAUGAACGAAUUCGACCAGCUGAUGCUGUAAAUCAUCCGUUUAUCACGAUGGAGCAUCUAAAUAAUACCUCGGUUCAAAGUUACGUACGAAAAGCUCAUAAAAUAAUGAAACAUGUCCAAAAGAGACCACCAGGAAUCUAUCCUUCAGAAGGUGAAAGAGAAAACACUCUGUGUCCUGGUUCCAGUAAAAUGCCAAUAGAUCCUAUAACUUUAGAUGGAUCUUUACUAAAAAUUGAAUGUGAUGACUCCACAUCCGGUUCAAAAUUCAACCCAGAAGAAUUGGUGAAGAUUUAUUACGAUGAACAAAGACGGAAAAUGGGGACGGGACGGGAAAAUCGUUCCCCAGUACUUCAGACACAAACCAAGACAGGUACAAAACCAACUGGUGAAAGGAAAAACACCCCACACCCUAAAACCAGCAAGAUCCCAUCUAAUCACGUAGAUGAGCUGCUUAGUGAGGAAGCAACAUUUGGCUUGAAGUCAUCAAAGAGAGCCAGUUCAAUAGGAACAGAGUGCUUUGUUGUGAGAAACCAGCCACCGGUAAAAGUUAUAGAAAACCAAUUUGAUGACGCAGACAUAAAACCGAAAGACAACAAACAUUUAGAGUUAAUGCCAGGCAUAACAAUUAAAGGCAAUUCAAAGAGUUACCUUGUUGAGGCCAAAGUAGGAGCUGGGGCGUUUGGAGAGGUUGCCAGAUGCCGCAUAGAGGAAACAGAUAAGGUAGUAGCUUUAAAAAUAAUUAGGACCAAAUAUAUCGAUGCAUUUUUUAAUGAAGCGAAACAAUUAGAAUGUCUGAACAGCCUGAAAUAUUAUAACAAUUACUUAAUCAGGUUGAAUGAAUGUUUUUACUACAAAGACUGCUUUUGCCAGGAACUGGAGCUUUUGGAUGAAGAUUUGAUGGACUUCAUGAGAAGACAAGGUGUUCCCUUAAAGGUGUCUGAAAUCAGGGCGAUCACCAAGCAAAUGUUGGAAGUUCUCAGUGCUUUCAAACAGCUUGGUAUUGUUCACACAGACAUAAAACCUGAAAAUAUCAUGCUUGCAGAUCAUGAGAAGCAACCAUUCAGGGUCAAACUGAUUGAUUUUGGGUCUGUUUGGGCUAGUGAUGACUUACCACAGAAGGCCACACUUCAGAAUUUACCAUACCGAGCACCAGAGGUCAUUCUUGGUCUUCCACGUGAUGAAGCAAUAGACACAUGGAGUCUUGGUUGUGUCAUGUCUACUCUGUUUCUUGGUCGGCAUUUGUUCCCACCAGAAAACAAAUACGACAAUCUGAGGUUGAUCAUGGAGCUCCUUGGUCAGCCUGAUAAAAAAAUACUGGAAGACGGGACUCUUGUCUCAAAAUAUUUCACCAAAAAAAUGAAUUUCUUUAGAUCUUGGAGAUUUAAAACCUUUAAGGAAUACCAAAAGACGAACGAAGAGGUGUCUGAGAGGGCAGACUUAGUCUACCAUGAGUUCAAAUCCCUGGAUAAGUUGUUCUUAUCAAAAACAAGCAACCCCGCUGAAACUGAAGAUAUAAGAGCUUUUCUAGAUCUUGUGAAAAAGAUGCUAACAUGGGAUCAAGAUAAACGGAUUCUACCAGCUGAUGCUCUGAAGCACACGUUUAUCACGAUGAAGCAUCUCGAUGACGUCUCAGAUAGAAGUUAUGUGAGAAAAGCUCGUAGAAUAAUGGAAAAUGCCCAAUGGAGAAGACCAGAAAAAGUUUCUUCAGAAGGUGGAAAAGAAAACAGUCCACAUAAGACACCGAGUGAUCCAAUAGAUUUAGACGGAUCUUUACCAAAGGCAGAAUUUGACGAAUCAACACCCAGUUUAAACAUCAGUCCAGAAGAAAUAUUAGAGACUUACUGGAAAAAUCAAAAGAAAGUAAGAUUUGAUGUUGAAAGUAGGUCAAGCAGAGUGAGUUUUAAGAAGGUGGUCACUGGAAAGUUCAGAUGCAUGAAACGACAGAUGAAGAGAAAAAUCAUAAAAUUGAUGUAUAGAGUUGUGGACAUUAGCCUAAUGAAUGUAUAAUGAACAACAACAAGAUGGCCGCUGGACAGGUGUGCCUGUGAGAGGCUCUCCAAACAAUUUAAGAAGAUUAUUUUUAAAAGUGCUUGGAAUGGUGAAAAUUUGUGUGGAAAUCCUCUGAAACCAAGACCUUUAACUGCAAGUUGAUAAAUUUAUGACUGGAGCUGUGGAAUAUGCCAAAACCAAGGCAAAAGCAAUCCUCCAAACAAGGAGGAUUGCCACUUUAAGAGGCAAAGGCAAAAAAUUGUUUUUAUCAUGCUUAGACUUUUCCACAUUAAUUUAUCCUUUGAAACAAGCUCCUUUGCACUUCCAGUAGAUUAUUUCAAAAUAAAACAUACCACUGAAAAAUUACUACGUUUUGAAUUUGUGGCACUAACAUAGAUGAUCUACAUAAUGAGGAAACCAGAAUGUCUUCAGUUACACAAACAACUUAUCUAUACUAAUUAUACACACCUGCUUAGACUCUAUCAAAACCUGGAUGGUGGGAACUUUCUAUAGCUGAAUGAAGAUAAGACUGAGAUCCUCACCUGUGCCCCGUGCUCUGAAAAUGCGCUCUUGUGCAAUUAGAAAAAAAAGCAGCAUUCUAAUUUUCUAACUGCAGAGCGCAUUUUCAGAGCGGCAGAUUAAAUAAAUGCCCCCAAUUAGCGUUUGUAAAUUUAAUCUGCCGCUCUGAAAAUGCCCUCUCCAGUUAGUAAAAAACCCAGCAAUGAAUGCUGUAUUUUUUUUUUAAACUGUAGAGCGAAUUUAUUCAUUGAAAAAUAGAAUGCUGCCGUUUUCAUGAGAAUAAACGAAUGGUUUCUGACAUAUCAAAGUGGACAUAAAAUGGCAUAUUAGAAUAGGGGCACAUGUUUCAGUCAGCAGUUUGAGAAUUCGUUUAUAUAGGCGCAUUUAUAAACCAGUUCAGUUCAGUUCAGUACAAAUAAAUGAGUUUAAAUCUAAAUUGAUGGAUAUUGAAUGUGGAGUACCUCAAGGAUCAGUAUUGGGAGUAAAAAUGUUCAUAAUGUAUAUAAAUGAUAUUUGUAAAGUAUCGAAGAUACUAAGUUUGUAAUUUUUGCAGAUGAUACCAAUAUACUUUGUUCAAGUGGGGAAUUUCAACAGGUUGUGGAGGUGAUCACACAGGAGUUAAAGAUAUUAAAGAAGUGGUUUGAUAGAAACAAAUUGUCCUUAAAUUUAAAUAAAACAAAAUUCAUGUUAUUCGGAAACUAUAAGAAAAACAUUAACAUUGAAAUUUGUGUUGAUAAUGUAUAUCUAGAAAGGGUCAAUACCAUAAAAUUUCUUGGUGUGAUCAUUGAUCAUAAAGGCCUGUUGGAAAUCACACAUCACUUAUGUGAGGGGAAAGUUAGCACGGGGCAUUGCUGUCUUGGGGAAAGUAAAACAUUUUCUGGAUAGGAAAACAUGUUAUAUUGUGCUUUACUAUUACCCAGGGGCGUUGGACUGGGGGGGGGGAGGGGGGAGGGUACCGUUUACCCAGGGCCCACUGCAGGGAGGGGCCCUGAGACAGCUUUGAAUAAAAAUGUUUUAUUGUUGUUGUUUUUUCCCCCAACUUACUUAAUGUCUUAAUAAACUUCCCUUUACCUGGAUGAAGAGGUUAAGAAACAUAAUUUCGCCUUAAAAAUAAUAACUGAAUAAUCUCUGAGGCAUCUAUCACCCCUUAAAAAUGUGCAAAGUGGUUUAGUCCACACCUGCGGCCAGGGGCUGCACAGCCGCACAGUACAGCUAAUGAGACAUCGCAGAUGCCGACAGCCAGAGCUGGAGGCAGGAGUCAGUCAUGUCUUUUCCCAAGAAAGGGAAAUCUGGCUUCCAAAAAAGGAAAGAAAAGAAGGAGAAGGAGGAAAAGUUAAUUGAACAGAAGCAAGUAUUGACUAGGUUCUUCAAGAAGGAAGGUGAGCAGCAGCAGAACACAGUUUUAGCUGAUAUUAGCUAGCUCUCAGAAGCUGCAUUCAUGUUAGGUGUUCAGUGUUAAACGCCUUUAGUUUCACCAUCAAGAUC